AUGCCUCGUGGUCAUAAGAGUAAGCUCCGAGCUCGGGAGAAACGCCGCCAAAACAAAGCUGAGGACCCAGGUGUUAAGAGUGCUCAGGCCCCUGCAAGAGAGGAAGGAGAGGCCGCUUGCUCCUCCUCUUCUGUUUUGGGGGACGCCCCCUCAAGCUCCACUAGUGCUGGCACUCUCCAGGCACCUCAGGGUGCCCCAGCCACCACCAGUGCGGCUUCAGGAGCUUCAGCUGCCUCAUGUGAAAGAUCUUCUGUAAAAGCUAAAGGCCAUGUUAGGAAAAGUAAAAGUUCUUCCGGGGCCUCAACUUCCACUAAGAAUGCUGGCCAAGAUCUUAUAAAUCAAAAGGCAAUUAUGUUAGUAGAGUACCUGCUGCAUCAAUAUAAAAAGAAUGAUCUCAUUAGAAAGGGAGACAUGCUGAAGAUCAUUCGCAAGUGGUUCAGGAAGGACUUCCCUGAGAUCCUCGGGAGAGCCUCUGAGCGCAUGGAUCGGUUCUUUGGCCUGCAAGUGAAAGAAGUGAAGCCCAGCGGUAAUUCCUACACCCUUAUCAACAGUGAAGAUGAGAGUGUGAGCAGCGGCUUCAGAUUUCCUAACAAAGGGAUCCUGAUGCCUCUCCUGGCUGUGAUCUUCUUGAAUGACAACCGUGCCUCUGAGAAGGAGAUCUGGGAAUUCCUGGAUGAUUUGGGCGUCUAUGAUGGAAAGGUUCACUUCAUUUUUGGGGAGCCCAGGAAGCUUAUCACCCAAGAUUUGGUGCAGGAAAAAUACCUGGUGUACCAGCCAGUGCCCAACAGUCAUCCUCCACGCUAUGAGUUCCUGUGGGGUCCAAGAGCCCACGCUGAGACCAGCAAGAUGAAAGUCCUGGAGUUUUUAGCCGAUCUCAAUGAUACCCUGCCCACUGACUACUCACCCCAUUAUGAAGAGGCUUUGCAAGAUGAGGAAGAGAGAAAGCAAGCCAGAGCCCAAGCUGCAACCAGGGAUGCCACUCCUCCCAAGGCCAGUGGUGGCUCCAGUGUAAAGCCUAAGGUUCCUAAGGGGGAUAAGAGCCUUGGUCUAAGAGCAGAGUUCUCAGGUCAUUAUAGGAAGGAGUAUCAGGUUCUCAUAGAAAUGGCAGUGAUAAACCUUAAUGAGGAUUAUGGAAGGGCCCAGCCAGAGCAGUCGGAUCCCAUAGAGUCCCAUCCCGGUGGUCAGCCCUGGUUUCAAGGAGAUGAGAACAAUGGUGUACAGACUGGAUCAUCAGCAGAGAGUGAAAUCCCAGGCAUGACAGUGUCAUGGCAAAAAUCCUAUGAACUGUUGCCCAACCUGCACUUUUACCUUCUGUACUUGACAGUCAUCAUGCCUCGAUGUCAAAAAAAUAAGCUCCACACCCGUGAGAAACACCACCAGGCCCAAGGUGAGACCCAGGGUCUGAGGGGUGCCAAGGAAAAAGCAUUGCCCUCCUCGUCCUCUGCUCCUCUUCAAGCUGUUUCGCAGAGCAAGCCUGCUAAAAGGUCAUGUAGCAUUCGCAGGUGUCCUCACAAAGCCCUAUCCACCAUCACUAAGUCUGCAUCUAACACAAAAUUAUCUAAAGGAGUCAAUUGCAAAACGGAGAACAAGAAAAGUUCCUCCAAGACCUCACCAUCCAAAGCGAAGUCUCAAAGAGACCCUCUAACUGAGAUGAGCAAUAUAUUGGUGCAGUUCCUGAUGCAGAUGUACAAAAUGAAAAAGCCUAUUAAGAAAGCAGAUAUGCUCAAGAUUAUCCAUAAGAAGUACAAAAAUAGCUUCUCUGAGAUCCUCAGUAGAGCAUCAUUCAACAUAGAGGUGGUAUUUGGUGUUGACUUAAAGGAAGUUGAUGGUAUGAAGCAUUUAUAUGCUCUUGUCAACAAAAUGGAUCUCCCUAACAAUGGGAGGGUCCACCGUGGCAGGGGAUUUCCCAAGACUGGUCUCCUGAUGACUAUCCUGGGAGUGAUCUUCAUGAAUGGCAACUGCGCUACUGAGCAGAAGAUCUGGGAAUUCCUGAAUAAGAUGAAGAUACAUGCUGGAAAGAGGCACUUCAUAUUUGGGGAGCCAAAGAAGCUCAUCACCCAAGAUUUCGUGAAGCUUAAGUACCUGGAGUACCGCCAGAUGCCCGGCAGUGUUCCUCCAUGCUACGAGUUCCUGUGGGGCCCAAGAGCCUAUGCUGAAACCAGCAAGAUGAAAGUCCUGCAGUUUUUCGCCAAGAUUAAUCAAACCAUCCCCAGCGCCUUCACAUCCUGGUAUGAAGAGGCUUUGCAAGAUGAGAAAGAAAGAGCCCAAGCCACAAUUCCACUAAGGGCUGAUACCAGUGCUAUGGCAUGA